UGGUGGGCCUCAUCGUCGUCUUCUCCGAUCCCUCCCAUCCCAUCCCAUCCCAUCCCCCCGUGCUCCAAACCCUAGCAGGCAGCAAUCCAGACAUGGGAUCGUAAUCGGCUCCUGGCCUGGCCACAAUCCCCUCCCUCUCCCAUCUCAUCCGAUGCCCGCCUCCUCCUCCUCCUCCUCCUCCGUUGGCAGCGCCUGCGCCUCACCCCCGGCGGCGCCGCCACCGCCGCCGCCGCCGCCGCCGCCGCGGGCCAUGAAGCGCGAGCUUGCGUUCGCGCUCCGGUCCCUCUCCGAGAUCUCCGCCUCCCCCGGCCGCACGCGCUCCGGCCGUCCCAUCUCUUCCCUUCCCGACCCAUCAGCAUCAGCAUCUCUCAAGCGGCGCAAGAGAUCCGACCCACCGGCCGCCGCCGCCGAUCUCGUCUCCCCGCCCACGCCGCCCAUCGACGCCGAGCCGCCUACCCAGCCCCUCCGCGACAUCAUCGAACCAGUCGAUGGAUCCAAUCCUCCCACUGCUGCAGAUCACCAAUCCAAUUCCAAUGCUGCCCAAGAGGUCAUCGCGCAAAAGAUGCUGGAUACUCCCCAGCCAUCGCACGCUGAGGCUGAGCCUGAGGCUGCAAGAGAGGACUCAGUGAUUGCAACGCCGAAUGUGCCCAUGGAGAAUUGUGUUGCCCUGGAUGAUGCAGCAUCAACUCUGCUGGAAUCUGCCGUUGCUGAUGGUAACGACCAUUGUGAUAACUCGAACUCAAAUGGAGCAAGUCUACAGCUGCAGGCCGUGGACAAUGCAUCAGUCCCCAAUGCUCUGCUAGUCGAGGACACUGCCACACCUGUGGCCGCUGCCGGGCUCAAGCCUGCAAGGCGCUUCACACGGUCGCUGCUCAAGAAUAAACCAGACAAAGAAGAGUCCACAGCUACUGAAGGUCACGCUAUACCAGAUGGCAGCAAGGAUGCCUCAUUUGAUUUGGCUUUGCUGAUGGAGAAGCCUCAGAGAAGGUUCACAAGGUCGCUGCUCAAGACAAAGGUUGAGAGCAGUUUAGUUGAAUCUGAUGAUGCGCUUGACAGCGCAUCUGACUCCCCUCCAUCAGUGAAGAAGAUGGAGAUGAAGAUGUCAAAGAAAGUUGCCUGCCUCACAAAGCACCCUGGAAACAUUAGAGAGCUGCUCAACACCGGCCUGCUUGAGGGAAUGCCAGUUAUGUACAUCAUUCCUCAUAGCAAGAAGGCUGUGCUAAAAGGAGUGAUUACUGGUUGCAAUAUACGCUGCUUUUGUCCGUCCUGUAAUGGCUCCAAGGCUGUUUCGGCUUAUUACUUUGAACAACAUGCUGGAAGCACCAAAAAACACCCUGCUGACUACAUUUACUUAGGGAAUGGCAAUAGUUUGCGUGAUGUGCUGCGUGCAUCUGAAAGAUCUCCCUUGGAGGCUCUGGAAAAAACAAUUCGUUCCUCCAUUGGUCCAGUGGCUAAGGGGAGCCGCAUUAAUUGCCUGAAUUGCAACGAGGAUGUUCUUCUGUCAUCACAAAUUGAACACGUACUGUGUCAACAUUGCCUCGAGUCAAAGCAACCUCAAGAUCCUCCUACCCCAUCAUAUCCAUGUAAGAGCAAUUCCAGUCUGACUCCGAGUUCCAAGGAAGCUUUGCUAAAGAAUAUAUCAUCAAGCAAGAAGGGUGGUAGUGCUGGCAAAGUAACAAACAAGGAUAAUGGACUACACAAAUUGGUCUUUAAUGUUUUGCUUGAUGGCACAGAAGUAGCUUACUAUGUUGAUGGGCAGAGAAAGGUUGAUGGGUAUAUCAAGGAUCAAAGAAUCUACUGUAAUCACUGCAACAGAGUGGUUAGCCCGUCAGCAUUCGAAGCUCAUGCGGGUGAGGGGUCAAGGCGCAAGCCGUAUGAUAACAUCUUCACAUCAAAUGGAGUAUCCUUGCAUGAACUGGCAAUGAAAAUAUCAAAGGAUAUGGAACAGUCGGAACGCGAAACAGAUGAUCUGUGCAGAGAAUGCGGUCACGGGGGAGAUAUUUUCCCAUGCAAAAUCUGUCCAAGGUCAUUUCAUCCAGCUUGCGUUGGACUGCCUGAAGCCCCCUCAGAAUGGUAUUGUGAUAAUUGCAGGAAUCUUGUACAAAAAGAAAAGGCUUUGGCUGAGAACAAAAAUGCUAAAGCUGCUGGGAGGCAAGCUGGAGUUGAUUCCAUUGAGCAGAUACUGAAGAGAGCUAUACGAAUUGUCCCGCUCUCUGAUGAUCUUGGAGGCUGUGCUCUAUGCAAAAAGAAAGACUUCAACAAUGCUGUAUUUGAUGACCGCACUGUGAUACUCUGUGACCAAUGUGAGAAAGAGUAUCAUGUAGGAUGUUUGCAGAGUCAAUGGCAGGUAGAACUAAAGGAAUUGCCAGAGGGGGAGUGGUUCUGUUGCGGUAGUUGCUCUGAGACACGAUCUUCAUUGGAAAAGAUAAUCUCUGAUGGAGCUCAACUUUUGGCGGAGCCAGAUAUUGAAAUCAUAAGGAAGAAACAUGAGACAAGAGAUUUAUGCAUGGACACUAGUACAGAUCUCAAAUGGCAAUUACUCUGUGGUAAAAGAGCUACUGAAGAUGGAAGAAUAUUGCUCUCAGCUGCGGUGCCGAUUUUUCAUCAAUCCUUUGAUCCAAUCAUUGAAGUUCACACCAAAAGAGAUCUCAUUCCUGAGAUGGUUCAUGGGAGGGGACCAAAGGAAGGAAUGGCCGGCCAAGAUUACAGUGGAAUGUAUUGUGCAUUGUUGACUGUGGGCUCUACUGUGGUGUCAGCAGCACUUUUGCGUGUCAUGGGAGGUGAUGUGGCCGAGCUGCCACUGGUUGCUACAAGUCGGGAUGUUCAAGGGCUGGGCUACUUCCAGGCCUUGUUCUCAUGUAUAGAGAGGGUGCUAAUCUCGCUGAAGAUCAAGCACUUUGUGCUUCCAGCUGCCCAUGAAGCUGAAGGAAUCUGGAUGAACAAAUUUGGCUUCUCUCGGAUCCCUCCAGAGGAGCUGGAAGCUCAUCUUAACGGGGUGCACCUGACUAUAUUCCAGGGGACAUCAUACCUGUACAAGGCUGUUCCUCUGCCAUCAUCACAGGAAACGGAGAGUUCGGCGUUGGAGUAACUAAGCUAGCAGGAUUUGUGUGUCUUUGAGGUCGAGAUGUACAUAAGAUGAUGAAGCAUGGCAAGACGGUAUACAAUCAAUACAAGAGGAAGAAAUGAGAAGGAUACUAGACAGGCAAGCUGGGUCGUCAGCGUCGGAUCUGAAAUUGAUUUUUAGCAAUUUAGCAUGCUGUGGGGGGGGUCUGACGUUGCCUUUUUUUUUUUGUUUCUCUUCCUUGGAGUCGCAAGUGGUGGCACACCUGUUUUUGAUGUAGAUGCAGCCCCAUCCUCGAGACGAAUUUGCCAAUUUUGAUCUGUCUGGCUGACAGGUGGGGCGUACUUGUAAUCGGUGUUGUCGGUUAUAAAUUUGAAAUAUCCAAACCCACCUUUGAUUGAACACAUAUCCUCUGCGGAAGUGCGGCAGGGAUAUGCCUUCCCUUCGUUUCCA